UCGCGAUCCCGCCCCCUUCCCCGUCUCUCCGUCGCCGGCGGCGGUGUGUGAGGCGGCAAUGGAGCGCCCCAAGCCGGUCGGCGCCCCACAGGGGGAAGAGGCGUCCUGCUCUUCCUGGGGGACUGGCAGUACAAAUAAAAAUUGGCCCAUCAUGUCAACAGAAUCUGUGGAGAUUGAUGAUGCGUUAUACAGUCGACAGAGGUACGUCCUUGGAGACACAGCAAUGCAGAAGAUGGCCAAGUCUCAUGUUUUCUUAAGUGGUAUGGGUGGCCUUGGUUUGGAAAUUGCAAAGAAUCUUGUUCUUGCGGGAAUUAAGGCACUUACAAUUCAUGAUACGGAAAAGUGCCAAGCAUGGGAUCUAGGAACCAACUUCUUUCUUUGUGAAGAUGAUGUUGUUAAUAAAAGAAACAGGGCUGAAGCUGUACUUCAACAUAUUGCUGAACUAAAUCCGUACGUUCAUGUGACAUCAUCUUCUGUUCCUUUCAAUGAGACUACAGAACUGUCCUUCUUAGGUAAAUACCAGUGUGUAGUAUUGACUGAGGUCAAACUUCCAUUGCAAAAGAAGAUCAAUGACUUUUGCCGUUCUCAGUGCCCUCCAAUUAAGUUCAUCAGUGCAGAUAUACAUGGAAUUUGGUCACGGUUGUUUUGUGAUUUUGGUGAUGAAUUUGAAGUUAUAGAUACAACAGGAGAAGAACCAAAAGAAAUUUUCAUUUCAAACAUAACGCAAGCUAAUCCUGGCAUUGUCACUUGCCUUGAAAGUCAUCCUCACAAACUUGAGACAGGACAAUUCGUAACGUUUCGAGAAAUUAAUGGAAUGACGGGUUUAAAUGGAUCUACACACCAAAUAACUGUGGUAUCACCAUUUUCUUUUAGUAUUGGUGAUACUGCAGAACUGGAACCAUAUUUACAUGGAGGCAUAGCUGUCCAAGUUAAGACUCCUAAAACAUUUUGCUUUGAAUCAUUGGAGAGACAAAUAAAACAUCCAGAGUGCCUUAUUGUAGAUUUCAGCAAUCCUGAGGCACCUUUACAGAUUCACACAGCUCUGCUUGCCUUGGACCAGUUUCAGGAGAAUUACAGUCGCAAGCCAAAUAUUGGAUGCCAACAAGAUUCAGAAGAACUGUUCACACUGGCAGCAACUAUAAGUGAAACCUUGGAAGAGAAGCCUGAAGUAAAUGCUGACAUCGUGCAUUGGCUCUCUUGGACUGCUCGAGGCUUUUUACCCCCACUUGCUGCAGCAGUAGGAGGUGUUGCCAGCCAAGAAGUAUUGAAAGCUGUGACGGGAAAGUUUUCUCCUUUGUGCCAGUGGUUAUAUCUUGAAGCAGCAGAUAUUGUCGAAUUCCUAGGCAAACCUGAACGUGAAGAAUUUCUCCCACGAGGAGAUAGAUAUGAUGCCUUACGAGCCUGCAUUGGAGAUACUUUGUGUCAGAAGCUACAGAAUUUGAAUAUCUUCUUAGUAGGGUGUGGAGCCAUAGGCUGUGAAAUGUUAAAAAAUUUAGCUUUACUUGGUGUUGGCACAAACAAAGAGAAAGGAAUGAUUACAGUUACAGAUCCUGACUUGAUCGAAAAAUCCAACUUAAAUAGACAGUUCCUGUUUCGUCCUCAUCACAUACAGAAACCUAAGAGCUACACUGCCACAGAUGCAACUCUGAAAAUAAAUUCUCAAAUAAAGAUAGAUGCACACCUGAACAAAGUAUGUCCGGCAACUGAGACCAUUUACAAUGAUGAAUUCUAUACUAAACAAGAUAUAAUUAUUACAGCAUUAGAUAACGUGGAAGCCAGGAGAUACGUAGAUAGCCGUUGCUUAGCAAAUCUAAGGCCUCUCUUAGAUUCUGGAACAAUGGGCACUAAGGGACAUACUGAAGUUAUUGUACCUCAUUUGACUGAAUCUUAUAAUAGUCAUCGGGAUCCCCCUGAAGAAGAAAUACCAUUUUGUACUCUAAAGUCUUUUCCAGCUGCUAUCGAACAUACUAUACAGUGGGCGAGAGAUAAGUUUGAAAGUUCCUUUUCCCACAAGCCUUCAUUAUUUAACAAAUUUUGGCAAAGCUAUCCAUCUGCAGAAGUAGUUUUACAGAAGAUACAAAGUGGACAAAGUUUAGAAGGCUGUUUUCAAGUUAUUAAGUUACUUAGUAGAAGACCUAGAAAUUGGUCCCAAUGUGUAGAAUUAGCAAGAUCAAAGUUUGAAAAAUAUUUUAACCAUAAGGCUCUUCAGCUUCUUCACUGUUUCCCUCUAGACAUACGAUUAAAAGAUGGCAGUUUGUUUUGGCAAUCACCAAAGAGACCCCCUUCACCAAUAAAAUUUGAUUUAAAUGAACCUUUGCACCUCAGUUUCCUUCAGAAUGCUGCAAAAUUAUAUGCUACAGUAUAUUGCAUUCCAUUUACAAAAGAGGACUUAUCAGCAAAUGCCCUCUUGAAUAUUCUUUCGGAAGUGAAGGUUCAGGAAUUCAAACCUUCCAACAAGGUGGUUCAAACAGAUGAAACCGCGAGGAAACCAGACCAUGUUCCUAUUAGCAGUGAAGAUGAGAGGAAUGCUAUUUUCCAACUAGAAAAGGCUAUUUUAUCUAAUGAAGCUACCAAAAGUGACCUUCAGAUGGCAGUGCUUUCAUUUGAAAAAGAUGAUGAUCGGAAUGGACACAUAGAUUUCAUCACAGCUGCAUCAAAUCUUCGUGCCAAAAUGUAUAACAUUGAACCAGCUGACCGUUUCAAAACAAAGCGCAUAGCUGGCAAAAUUAUACCUGCUAUAGCCACAUCCACUGCUGCAGUUUCUGGCUUGGUUGCCUUGGAGAUGAUCAAAAUAACCGGUGGCUAUCCAUUUGAAGCCUACAAAAAUUGUUUCCUUAACUUAGCCAUUCCAAUUAUAGUGUUUACAGAGACAUCUGAAGUAAGACAGACUAAAAUCAGAAAUGGAAUAUCAUUUACAAUUUGGGAUAGAUGGACUAUACAUGGAAAAGAAGAUUUCACUCUCUUGGAUUUCAUAAAUGCAGUCAAGGAGAAGUAUGGAAUUGAGCCAACAAUGGUGGUACAGGGAGUCAAAAUGCUUUAUGUUCCUGUAAUGCCUGGUCAUGCAAAAAGAUUGAAGUUAACAAUGCAUAAACUUGUAAAACCUUCUACUGAAAAGAAAUACGUGGAUCUUACUGUGUCAUUUGCCCCAGACACUGAUGGAGAUGAAGAUUUGCCUGGACCUCCAGUAAGAUACUACUUCACUCAUGAAACUGAUUAAUGGAAGUUGUCUUACGGUUACUCCAGAACUACUUGAUUUUGAAAAGAAUAUACUUAAUUCAGAAACUAAAAAAAAUCAGCUCAUAAUAUUAUGGAUUUCUCUUUGAUGAAGCCUUAAUUUAAGAGAAACAUCAGAAUAUGGAACUACCCUGAAAAAUUGUAAAACAUUUUGGAGCAUAGUAUACACUUGUCUAACGGUUCACACGUGACUGUGAUUACAAGCAACUUUGAACUGGAAUGCCAUCUUAUAAGACUUAAAGCAGAUUUGUGUAUUUACCUGUUUGGAUAAAAAGAAAGAAAAAAUAUUUAUGACCAGAGGAGAUAAGGAUCAAGAAAUUGAAAGUAACAAUUGGAACUAUCCAAAAAGUUUAAUCCUAUUUUAUGAAUUUUUUUUGUUUGUUUAGUAUUUGAAGCCCAUUUUUCUACACAAACAGUGGCCCCCUGUACCUGUCCAGUGAGUAGGCUUUGAGAAUUAAUACCAGUGUAAAGGGUAAGGAUGGAUGGUAGUGGUGGAUGAAGAAUAGACUUUUAAAAUUGUGCAGUUAGAGUUACUGUCCUAUUACCUUUGCUAGUGUAAUGAGAGUUUGUUAUAUCACUGUCCCCCAAAAAUCAGGAUUUUUAUCGAUAGCAUCAUUGUUGUAAGCCAUGAGCAGUAGGUCAGAUGACACAUUAACUUGGACUCUACAUUAACAGUAUUAUAUGGACUCUGACAACCUGUUUAGAUAAUCCAUGAAUGUGAACAGAUAAAUGUAACUAAUCAUUUGAUUUUUCA